AUAUUAACCUGUGUUCAUGUCACCAAACAUUGUACAAGCCUCUGAGUUGUCCUCCUGCUUGUGUCAGGCAUGUUAGAUGGUCAAGAAAAUCAUUUUAUCAACUAACAGACAGGAAACAUCGAUCACCCUUUGAGAAGGCUGUAACCUUCACAAUUACUGCAUGUUCCGGGACUGCUACGAUAAGUUACAGGUUGGGAGACAUCAUAGAAUCAUACAGCAGAGAAGGAGGCCUUUUGGCUAUUGUGCCUGUGCUGGUUCUUUGAAAGAGCUAUCCAAUUAAUUCCACUCUCCCCUACCUUUUACCCCAGAACUCCAAAUUGUCUUUUUCAGGCAGCAUCCUAGAGAAUCUGCUUCCGAUCCAACUACUGACCUUAAAGAUAUCCUUCACGCACAUCGAGCACCAAGAUGUACAACUCCAGUUGUGAUAUUUCUAAUCACAUCCUGACUUCCCAGCUAUGACAUGUAACAUGUUCUGAGAGAGCUACCAGAAUCUAUGCGAGUUUUCUAAGGAGUUGAGCCACAGCUCAACUUGAAAUUAUGCAAUGUAACACUCUUCCUGCUAACUGAACACUCAGUUCCUUUUGACAGCAUAUGCUGGACAUCCUUCUCACUUUUCAGAGGUACAAAGCUGAAUUCAUGCCACUAAUCGCAGAAUCAUUAUAGAAACCACAAAGUUUCCCUCCUGUUAUAAUGUCUUCUGCGCUGGUCAAGAAAAUGAUUUAAUCAGCUUAAAGGCAGCCAUGAAAAUUUGAAUAUUUUUUGCAAAGAAAAUGGCCGCCCAAAAAUUCAAACUUAAUGAUGUCGACUUUGGGGAUGUUUUUGAAAAUUAUACAUACUCUACUGACUACACUAAUCUCCCAGACAUGUCACCCUGUACACCCAUGGUAAACAGGUCAAUCAACACGGUAAUUGCAAUUGUCUAUGCCCUGGUUUGUUUCCUCGCUAUGGCAGGGAACAUGGUCGUAAUGGUUGUCAUACUUUCCAAUCGACGCACAAUAUCAUCCACAGAUAUCUUCCUGCUUCAUCUGGCAGUGGCUGAUCUGCUCUUUGCUGUGACCCUACCCUUUUGGGCAGUGGAUGCCAUAUCUGGCUGGGUGUUUGGUGAUGCCAUGUGUAAGAUCAUCAGCAUGUUAAAGGAAGUUAACUUUUACAGUGGGAUUCUGUUACUGGCUUGUAUCAGUAUCGAUCGCUAUCUGUCCAUUGUCUACUCUAUACGGACUCACAACCAGAAGAGACCAUUUCUAAUUAAGCUGCACUGUGCUGCUGUUUGGGUGGUGGCUAUUGUUCUGUCUUUACCUAUUCUGUACAAGGGUGAAUAUCCUGUACCUGGUCUCAACAGACUGGUGUGUUAUGAGUUACUCGAUGGUGAAUCGGCUGAAACAUGGAGAGUAACCACCAGGUUUUUGCGACACUUUAUUGGGUUCCUCAUUCCACUGGCUGUCAUGACCUUCUGCUACAGUGUGACGAUCUGGAAACUGUGUCAGACAAAGGGAUUCCAGAAACAGAAAGCCAUGAAAGUCAUCAUAGCGGUUGUGCUGGCUUUUCUGAUAUGUUGGCUACCGCACAAUAUUACUGUGUUUGUUGACACACUAUUGAGGAGCAAACUCAUCGUUGAUACAUGUGACAAACGCUAUCAUAUUGAUGAAGCUAUGUUUGCAACCCAAACCUUGGGUUUCCUGCACAGCUGCAUUAACCCAAUCUUAUACGCAUUCAUUGGGGUGAAAUUCAGGAAGAACCUGCUCAAACUCUUGGCUAAUAAAGGAUGCAUUAAACAAAGUGCCAAGUCACAGUACAGGGGAUCACUAUCCUCCACAUCUGUAUCCGGACUCAUUGAAACUACAAUAUAGACUCCUUGUAAUGGAAAUGAUCAGGCCAAUUAGAAAGUUGGAAGAUGAAAAAUAUGAAGAGAUAAAUGGAAUGAAAUUCCUAAAAAAUUAAAUCAAGUAACAUUGUUUGGCAUGUUUCAGUUCUGAACAAAGUAAAUAAGCUCUUUUCUGGGUGGUUCUUCUUCUUGCGUGUGGAUACACAUGAGGCAGACAAAACAUGUGCUUAUGUCUGUUUCUGUAGCUUAUUUCCUAGAAUAGGUCGCUAGCCUGAAGUUAUGGCUUGAGGGGCACCACUCUGCAUCAAGCAUGGCUGAUCAGGAAACUCUCCCACUCUUACCACCUACCACUGUGUGUUGGGAGGAUUUGCAGGUCAAUAAUCGAUCUGUUUGACCAUGUUUUAAAUGCACCUUCUAUGGCUAUCAAGUCCUGGACCCAGAGCUUCUGGAUCAGAGGCAGGGAUGCUACCCAUUGCACCACAAGACUUCCCUCCUAGAUGCUUCACUGCUCUGAAGAAUAGUAAUACGGACUCAAAACUUUAGCUCUGUUUUCCUCCACACAGAUGCUGUUAGACCUGCUGAUUUUUUUUCCAGCAUUUUUCUUUUUAUGCUUCACUUUGUUGGUAUUCAAUGUAUGAUUGUCAGUAAUAAAGCUUGGGUUUUUGCAAUGUG